AUGGCCGAAGGACCGCAGCCCCUUCCCAACGGCAUCCAGCUUGUCCAAGACCCUGUGAACCUUCAGGGCCUCAAGCCCGAGUACCACGACGUUCUCGUCGUCGGUGGCGGUCUCAGUGGUGUCGGUCUCGCUUGCAAGCUCAAGCAGACGCGUAACCUCACUGAUAUCGUCCUGCUCGAGAAGCUCGACGGCCCCGCCGGCACCUGGGAGGCCAACACUUACCCUGGUUGUGCCUGUGACAUUCCUGCCCCGGUCUACAGCUUCAGCUUCCGCCAGAAGAACGACUGGAGUGGCAUGUACCCCCUGCAGGCGGAGCUCCGCGACUACGUCCACACGGUCGUGUCGGAGUACAACUUGUGGGACAAGUUCCGCUUCCGCACCGUCGGCCGUGAGGCGCGCUACGACGACGCCACCGGUCUGUGGCACGUCAUCUCGGAGGACCUCCCCCCGAAGGGCAGCCCUGCGGGCACCCGUGGUGAGAUGCACUACUACGUGUGCAAGCUCUUCUACACAGCCGUCGGUGGUCUGUCGACCCCCAACCCCUGCACGAUCCCCGGCAACGAGAACUUCAAGGGCCCAAUUUUCCAUUCGGCCCGCUGGGACUGGUCGGUUGACAUGAAGGACAAGAACGUGAUUGUCGUCGGCAACGGUUGCUCGGCAACGCAGUUCGUGCCGAUUGUCGCCAAGGAGGCCAAGCACCUCACGCAGUUUGUGCGCUCCAAGCACUGGUACGCGCCAGUGUUCAAGAACCCCGCCAGCAAGAUCCCUGGUUGGGACUGGCUUGUGCGCAACGUUCCCUUCUUCAUGUACUUCCAGCGCAUCCUGAUGUGGCUCGUUCUCGAGACCCACUUCUGGAUGGCCACUCGUACCUGGAUGGGCCGCUACCUGCGUGAUGACUGGGAGCGCCAGUGCCGCGAGCACGUCAAGAAGAUGGCGCCGAAGAAAUACCACGACCAGCUCCUCCCUAAGCAAGGUGAGCUGCUUGUCGCGUGCCGUCGCCGCAUUCUGGAUGAAACCUACCUCCCCUCUCUGAAGCGCGACAAUGUCGACCUCGAAACGUCGAAGCUGGUCAAGAUUGAAGAAGACGCUGUUAUCACCGCCGACGGCCGCCGUAUCCCCGCCGACGUGAUUGUGAUGGCCAACGGCUUCAACCCCCAGACGGCCGGUUACCCCCUGCAGAUCCGCGGUCGCGAUAUGACCCAGCAGGAACACUACGAGAAGUACGGUGAGGGCUCGAUGAUUGCCUACCACACCUGCUUCCUGUCGGGCUUCCCCAACAUGGCCAUGCUGGUCGGCCCCAACUCGGGGACGGGCCACAUGUCGGUCAUUUACACCUCGGAGCGCCAGCAGGAGUACUCUAUGUACAUUGCCCAGCCGGUUCUGGAGUCGAGCCGCCCCUCGGACGCGGCCAUUGCGCACCUGCCCGGUAGCAAGACCUCGGGCGAGCUUACGCACGUCCCCACCUUUGACGUGAAGCUCAAGGCCGAGCUCGAUGAGCAGCACUGGAUCGUCAAGAAGAUGAAGGGUCUUGUCUUCACUUCGUGUGACUCGUGGUACCGCGACCCGAAGUCGGGCCGUGUCACCGCUGUAUACCCUGACUGGCAGUGGAAGUUUGCCCUCCGCUCGUGGUUCCCUGUCUACGACGACUUUGUGUACAAGUACAUGCCCAAUAACGCCACUAGCCCCAAGAUCUCGCUGUGGCAGCGUGUCGGUAUUGCGCUUGGGCUCGGCACCACCCCCUACGUGGACCCCUCGGAGACGACCGAGAUCAACCGCAAGGCGAUGGGCGCCUAG